UGGUCUGGAUCCGUCGCUCCUGCGCAUGGUCUGCGCAUCUCAUGCUUUCUUGGCCUGCGCAUGGCCUGCGCAUCUCAUGGAACUGGAGCUUUCUUGGCCUGCGCAUGGUCGCCGCUCCUGUGGCCAUCGUGCCUGGGUGCCAUGGUCCCUGGGUGGCUGUCGUGCCCCUGGGCGGCCAGGAUGCCAGUGCCUGUACCAACUUCUUGGAUGCUGAUUUCAGGACCAAAAUUGAUGUAUUGUGUUAGCUGUUUCAGGGCCAAGACUCAUGUAAUGUGUAGCUGUUUUUAGGACAAAAAACUCAUGUACUGUGUUGCUGUUUUGUGGACCAAAAUUCAUGUAAUAUGUUGCUGUUUUCGAGUACUAUUUCAGAUUGCUUUUAUUUCAAUUGUUGCAGCUAGACAACAUGAUUUUUUUGCUACAAUAGAUUUCUAGUUACAGUAUAGCAUAUUUAGUAGGAGACCAUCAUUAAUAUUUUCAUCAUCUUUUUUAGGGACUUGUUGCAAGCUGAGGGCACUAGGAGACCAUCAUUAAUGUUGUUAGAAAUGUAUUGGAGCACUAGAUGGCACACAUAUACCAGCAUGGGUUCCUAUUUAUAUGCAAGAUAGGUUCAGGGGUAGAAAACACUACCCAACACAGAAUGUAUUAGCUGCGGUGGACUUUGAUCUUAGGUUUACGUAUGUGUUGGCUGGAUGGGAAGGAUCAGCUCAUGAUUCCUUUGUGCUCCAAGACGCAUUGUCACGCCCUUCGGGCUUAAAAAUUCUUGAAGGUCAUUACUUUCUAGCUGAUGCUGGUUAUGCAGCAAGACCUGGUAUACUACCCCCGUACCGUGGUGUUCGGUACCAUCUUAAGGAGUUUCAGGGUACUAGACGACCAGAAAAUCCAAAGGAAGUGUUCAACCUACGUCACUCAUCUCUUAGAACAACAAUUGAACGGGCAUUUGGCACACUUAAAAAUAGAUUUAAGAUACUAACAAGUCAACCAUUCUUCCCUUUGAAAACUCAAGUGAAGAUAGUUUUGGCUUGUUGUGCAUUACAUAACUUUAUAAUAGAUGAUGGUCCUGAUAUUUAUGUAUAUGAUGAUGAGACCUGGUUUCAAAGCCUUCCAAGAAGCAAUCGUUCCCAUGUUGACAUGAAUAGAGACAACCAACAAUGGGCUAACAUGCGUGAUCAGUUAGCUCAACAGAUGUGGGACGAUUUGGAUCACAAUUGAUGUAUUUGUGUGGCUGCUUUGUAGUAAUGUAUUUCAGACCUAUUUUUUGUAUUGUGUCGUUGUUUGUAUUGUUGUUUUGGACCUUAAGCAGUUGUUUUGUAUUGAUAUUAAGACCUAAAGUGCCUAUUUUGUUAUUGAUAUUUCCAAUCUUAAGUGGUUAGUUUAUACUGCUACUAUAUUGUUGAUGCCCACAGAUGGGCAAAGGGAAGGAUAAGGUUGACGGUGACAACUGUACUCGUGAGAGGACCAUUCUAUGGGAUGAGGAUCAAACAAAGUUCAUGCUUGGUUGGUACAUGGACUUCAUAAAGGAUCAACAUGCCGGUUUUAAGGUUAAAAAACAGCACCACUUUAAGUGUGCAGAAUCAUUGAAUAGACAAUUCAAUAUGGGGGUAACAGCAACUCAAGUGGAGAGACAUUUUAGGCAUUACAAAGAAAAUUGGAAGUUCAUUGCAACAGCCUUAAACAAGAGUGGUAACACUUUUGACACAACAAGGUCUAUGGUAAUCAUAUCAGAAUCAGAGAAGGAAAAACUAAAGGAUAGAGCAAGGAGGCUCCUUUCAAAGCCCAUCAAAUUCUUCAAUGAAAUGCAGGAGUUAUUCCUUGACAGUAGUGCUGAUGGAUCUCUUGCCAUGGAUGCUACUACUUGCCUAAAUGAAAGUCAACCUGUCGAUGAUAAUGAUAAUGAUGAUGACAUAUGCAAUGAUGUCUCCAACUAUGGUCAACCUGAGGAUGACCUAGGUGAUGACUCUGACACUUUACCAUCUCCUAAAAUUCCAUCUCAAGUUAUCGAUCAGAGCUCAUCUAGCUCUGGAAUCAAGCGUCCAAGAGGAGAUGCCAUACCAGUCAAAAGAGAUGUGAGACCACGGAGCCGCAUGGCAAAGAUAGGAGAUGAAAUCAACACUACUUUGAUGGAUCUCCGGAACGAACUUAAACAACCACCACCUCCACCUAUUAUACCUUCUUUGAACUCUGAUGCCGAAUUAUGGCAAAGGCUUGAAAAAAUGACAUUGACUACUGAUCAAAAACUGAUAGUUGGGACAUUUCUAGCAUCAAAGGAUCAAAAGGGCAUGCGUGGUUUCUUAUCCGCUUCAGCUGAAACAACAUUUCAGUCAUGGGUAUUCAAGUUUUUGAGUGAUUCAACACUACUGUGAAGUGAUUAGGCUCAACCAGGUACUCUUUUGUGGAUGGAAGGGUGGUGUUGUUGGCUGGCUGUUUUGGUGUGAAUUCCUUAGGUGGUUGCCUGUUAUUUUGCUCAGUGGCCAGGUGAUGUUUAUGGCGGUGGUGAUGCCUGAUUCUUUUGCACGUCUUCUAAGCUGAUCAAUAAGGCUUAAGGAGAUAGAUGGUGCUGCUCAUAGCUGAAUGUUUAGCACCAUUAUAUAUACAUAUUUGUGUGUGUAUUGUAAUAGCAACUACCUCAGACUGUUUCGAAUCUAUUUUAGACCUAUUAAUCAGCUGUAAUGAACAUGUUGUGGAGCUAUUAUGAACUGAUUAUUAGCUUAUCAUGCGCAUGUGAUUAUAGUGGUGUAAGUUUUUUAUA